AUGUCGGAGUAUAUAAGCCAGGUUUGCGUGGAAUGCGCACAGAUUCUGAGCACUGUUCCACCGUCUGUAUUUCUUAUUUCACUGGCCGCUGGUGUCAUUGGACUCGUUGCGCUUGUAUACGUUUUUCUCUUUGCAGUUGCGUUUCGACCCCGAGCACCGUUCCCCGAAGAAAAGACCUAUCGUACAUUAUCCAAAGAUGGCACACCGACCCGGCCCCAGGAACUACCAUGCUGGCAGGAUAGCUGGGAGCGCGAGCGCCAGAAUACAAACAAGCGUGCAGUAUUGGAUAUUGAGAAGCCGGAACUGUUCAUGUCGGUUGUUGUUCCCGCGUAUAACGAAGAGGAGCGGUUGAUUGGCAUGUUGGAGGAGACGGUGGACUACUUGGAACAUGCAUAUGGCACUCUAGCCGACCAAGCCACCAACGAACAAGUAAAAAACAAAAGCAAGAAUGAUAGCGUCCGACAACGCAAGACAGGCAAUGGACAUGUCGCAGAUAACGACUCCUCCAAAGGAUGGGAGAUUCUGCUUGUUUCGGACGGCUCUACAGAUAGAACUGAAGAGGUUGCAUUCGAAUUCGCCCGGGAUCAUCAACUAUCUUUACAUCCUCGGGCUCAUACGGGACCUUGGACAUCGGAUAAACUCGAAGGGGUACAUAUACCUCCUGGAAGCAUUCGUAUUGUCACUUUGACUCAAAACCGAGGGAAAGGCGGUGCAGUCACACACGGGAUGCGACACGUCAGAGGAAAAUACGUUGUUUUUGCAGAUGCCGAUGGCGCAAGCAAGUUCUCCGAUCUCGGGAAGUUGGUGACUGCUGCUCAGAAAGUUGAAGACUCUGAAGGGCGAGCGGUAGCUGUUGGUUCGCGAGCGCACAUGGUGGGCAGCGAGGCUGUCGUAAAGCGCUCCAAACUCCGCAACUUCUUGAUGCACUCCUUCCACCUCAUCCUCUGGCUGCUGACUCCCCCGGCCACCGCCAAAGUAAAAGAUACCCAAUGCGGCUUCAAGCUGUUCUCGCGCGCCUCACUCCCCUACAUCAUUCCUUAUAUGCACUCCGAAGGCUGGAUCUUCGACGUUGAGAUGCUGAUGUUGGCCGAGUUUGCGAACAUACCUGUUGCUGAAGUGGCUGUAGGCUGGCGCGAAGUCAAGGGUAGCAAGUUGAAUGUUGUCUGGGAUAAUGUGCCCAAAGUCGUCCCCCUGACUUGUCACGGGCAUUCUCGCCCUGUUCCACAUAUCAGUUUCUCAUCGAUAGUGGAAGAGGAGCAGUACUAUUUGAUCUCGGCAUGCAAAGAUAACAACCCGAUGCUUCGCGAUGGUGUUACUGGUGAUUGGAUUGGGACGUUUCUCGGCCAUAAAGGUGCCGUCUGGCAGGCGAGAUUGUCUGCAGAUGCAAACAUAGCCGCUACCGCAGCGGCAGAUUUUUCCGCAAAGGUCUGGGACACACACACCGGCGAAUGCCUGCACACAUUACAGCACAACCACAUCGUGCGCGCAGUCGCAUUCCCAAUCCAGACAAACCCACAAGUCCUCGCGACGGGUGGCAUGGAGAAGAAACUACGCAUAUUCGAUCUUACGCGUAGUAGUGAUACUUCCAACGACGGCUCAUCGCCUCCCAUAAGUAAUAACGACAACACAAAUUCAAAUGGAUCAGUAACGAGUUACGAAAUCGGGCCUGGGGUGCACGGUGGAACCAUCAAAUCCAUCAUCUGGAACACAGAUUACAACAUCCUCACUACAGCCGCCGAGGACAGGAAGAUUCGCUGGUGGGACCUGCGAUCUCGCCACCCUGUUGUCGAGUAUUCCGUCGAAGGGACGAUUGGUAGUUGCGAACUGAACGUGCUCGCCACGAGGCCCAAUGAGGCCGGUAUCUUGAGCGUUGCGGCGGGAAAGAGKGUUUACUUAUUUGAUGGUGCGAUGCCGGGCAGAUUAUUGAAGAAAGUCGAUUUUAGGUAUGAGGUUGCCAGUGUGGCCGUCAAUAAUGAGACGGGUAGGUUCGUGACUGGUGGUGCGGGUGAGGAUACUUGGGCGAGAGUGUAUGAUUUGCAUACUGAUGAGGAACUUGAAGUGCAAAAAGGUCACCACGGCCCCAUCUGGUCGGUUAGUUACUCGCCAGAUGGGAAAUUGUACGGUACAGGCAGUGAGGAUGGAACUAUUAAGUUAUGGAAAGCGUGUCGCGAGCCAUAUGGACUAUGGCGGUAG